CCAUCCCCCUUCUCCGCUUGGAGCUGCUCAACACACAACUGCUACAGCCUGCCGUCCCCUCUUAAGCUGUGCAUGUGUGUGUGUGUACUUGUGCACACACACAUACACUGAGGCGAGGCAGACGUCUCCGAAGACUCAACAGGAGAUUUCACCGAACUGCGUGGCAGACAAUCACUGACGCAUGGUCCAGCCUGAAACCAACUUGAAUUAUAGAGCUGCUGUUUUUCUGUCGUGAUUAUUUCCUUCACCCUUCCUUCAUCCUGAUCGACGAGAAGUGGACGCGGAUGAGUACGGACGGCUCUUGCAUUUGCAUUGGAUUGGAUUGUCCACACCCCUUCGGAGAUAAGGACGGGGACUGAGCUCUCGGUUGCGCCUACAGGAGAAGGAGAAAGUGACACUGGGAAGACCGAAGGCGAAACAAGAGGCGAGACUUCACUGAUUUGGGGAAUUUAUUCACUUUGAUUGGCAGGAAAAGUCGUCCAGUUUUCCUCGUCUGACUACCUACCACCGGAACCAGCUUGUUACUGAACAAUUUGGAUUUACAUCAGAUGAUACCUCCCCUGGCGGCAGACAUGGAGUCCCUCCAGAGCUGUGUCCACCAUGUCCCUCUCCGUGCGGCCUUCGCGCCGAAUUGUUUCCCGGUCCAUCACUAGGAGUCAGUCCUUCGCCGGAGUCAACUCCUACGACAAACCCUAUAGGUCCCUCGCUGUGUUCAGCACCCCAGGGUGCACCAGGAAAGCCUCCAACAGAGGAAGCAGGAUGUUCACCCUCUCCGCCAAAUCAGUGCCCCCUAAGGUGCCUCAGCCUGAGAGGCUGGAUGAGGUCUACGAGGCCCUAAAGAGAGGCCUGCAGUCCUACCUGCAGGUCCAUCAGAUGGAGCUGGACAGCCUCAGCAGGCAGAUGAAGGAAUCCAAGAGGAACUCCCGCCUGGGCUUCCUAUAUGAACUGGACAAGCAAGUGAAGGUUAUUGAAAGGUUCAUGAGACGGCUGGAGUUCCAUCAGAGCAAGAUUGACGAGCUGUAUGAUGCCUACUGCAUGCAGCGGAGACUGCGGGACGGGGCGAAUAAGAUGGUGAAGGCCUACACAGCGUCCAGCAGCAGCAGAGAGGCCAGGGAGAGUCUGUCCGAGGCCAACAAGGGCUUCAAGGAAUACACAGAGAAUAUGUGCAUGCUGGAAAACGAGCUGGAAAAUCAACUUGGAGAGUUCCAUAUCAAAAUGAAAGGUCUGGCAGGCUUCGCGAGGCUCUGUGCAGGGGACCAGUACGAGAUCUUUAUGAAAUAUGGUCGUCAGCGGUGGAAGCUCCGGGGCCGGAUCGAGAUCAACGGCAAGCAGGUGUGGGACAGCGAGGAGAUGGUCUUCCUGCCGCUCAUCACCGAGUUCCUGUCGAUAAAGGUAACAGAACUCAAGAGCCUAGCCAAUCACGUGGUGGUGGGGAGCGUGUCUUGUGAGACCAAGGACCUGUUUGCUGCGCUGCCUCAAACGGUGGCUGUUGACAUCAACGACCUGGGCACUAUCAAACUGAGCCUGGAGGUCACCUGGAACCCCUUCGAUAAGGACGACCAGGCCUCCUCUGCCAGCACUGUCAACAAAGCUCCCACAGUCAACAAGCGCUUCUCCACCUACAACCAGAGUCCCCCAGACACGCCGUCUCUGCGCGAGCAGGCCUUCUAUACGGCUCCCCGGGGGAUGGCGCCCAAGCAGCGCUGGUCACUGCUGGACGUGUUCCGUGACACGCUGGCGGAGAAGCUCUCGCAGAGCUGCUCCUGCAGCGACGUCACCUCCGUCCAUCUCGGACAACCACACAACAUGUUGCGGCGACAGGAGGAUGUGGAGAAUGGCACGGCUUGGUCCAACUCCUCCGAGUCGUCCGACGACUCGUCCAGCCCCCAGCUCUCCCUGGGCCUACGCCACACCAACAAGAACGUGGUCCAGCCAGAGGUGCAGGCGUCCGCCCCGGCCAUCGAGAUCUCCUUUGCCCCGCGCGAGUCCGCCACCUCCACCCCCACCCGCCUAGCCAAUCAGAAGGAGGAGGAGGAGGAGGAGGAGGAGGAGGAAGAGACUGCAACUGUGAAAGUCAAAGCCAGCCCUGUGGCGUUGGCAGCUGCAACAACAACAACAACAGCAGCAGCGGCCGCCGCCGUGGAUGCUGGGAAGACGGAGAUGCCAAAUGGUCAUGCCCGAUACUCGCGCUCGCUGAGUCACAUCAGCGAGAGCAGCGUGGAUGGCGCUCUGACGGACAGGUCGACCAGCGAAUCGGUCGAGCCAUCUGAGGUGGCCUCGGUCGCGUCUGGCAUAUCAGUCAACGACAUCAUCAUGGAGAUGCCAGUCAGGGCGGAGCCUGCAACCGCAGUGGAGGUGACCCAGGAACCCAGCACUGCAUCGGAGCCAGAAAGCUCCUGUAACGAGGCCCUGUCCUCCGAGGAGCUGCCCGCGGGGCAGCAGGACUCGGACGCGUGCUCCGUCACCACGGCCUCUGAUGAGCCCCAGCCCGAGCCCAAGCCGGACCUCCCCUCAGAGCCGGCGUCCGAGGCUGACUCUGAGAUCAGCUCCAAGGCCUUCUCCGAGGAGACCAGGUCAAUGGACUCGUCGUCACGGACUGAGGAGGCGUUGGUCCAGCAGGGUGACUCUGCGGCCUUUCCCAGGACUGAGUCCCCCGCUCCGAGCCAGGAGCCGGAGGCCAUGGUGGUGAGGGCCCAUGUGGCUGUGGUGGAGGCCGAGGAGGAGCCUGGGCCUGCAGUAGAGGCCAAGCCCUCGGACAGUGAGGGGGAGGAGACAGUGGACAUUGGGCUGGACGAGGCGCUGACUGGCGUCAUCUCCUCUCUGGAUGAUUACAGAGGGCAGUUUCCAGAGCUGCAGGUCCUGGAACAGGAGCUGAGACAACUGGAACAAGCACUGUCGGGCUGUAGCCGCAGCCGCUCCUCCAGCGUCAGCCUAACGGUGGAGACAGCGCUCGAGAGCUUUGACUUCCUCAACACGUCGGACCUAGAGGAGGAGGAAGAGGAGGAGGAGGAAGGAGGGAGGCCGAGUGGGACGGACAGUGAGCGGCCAGCUGAUGAAAGUGCGGGUGAAGACGAAGGCUGUGAGGAGCGCUGCUGGGAGUCUCCCUCCGGCCCACUCAGCACAGCAUGUCUGGCUCUAGACCGCACCCUGCUGGUGCAUCUGAGGAACUGCAGCUCCCAGCUACUGCGCCUGGGCACAUUUGGCCCGCUGCGCUGUGGGGAGAUGUACGCUCUGGACCGCCUGCUGAGGGAGGCCCGCGUGCUCGAGCUUAUCAGACGAGUCGCCAAAGAUUCGACAGAGGGCAUGAGUCAGCCUGAAGAGGUGGUUCCCCAGCUAGAUCAGUGCCAGGGGGCAGUGUUGCUAUGGAAGCAGUGUAUGGAUGGCAGCAGUGAGAAGGGUGGUGUCUACAGCACGUCCACAGAGGCCUUUCUGCACGCGCUCAGUACCACCUACUCCAGCAGACUACCAGAGCGAGCAGCAAGCUUGGCUGAUUCAGUGUUCCUGCGGCUGGUGGAGAGAAUGCUGGAGCGGAGGCUGCCCAGACGAGGAGGAAGGACCAGAGAGAUGAUCACGCUCUUCCAAUUCUGGAGCUACUUGGAGGCUGAGGGAGUCAUCGAUCUGGACACACACGUCACUGAGCUGGCCGAGGAGGUGUGGCUGGUCCAGUGUCUGCAGUGUGGGGACCAGGACACACUGGUGAAGGCGCUGAAGAGGCCCCCGGAGAGCAGCCUGAAGCGGGAGGGCCUGCGGGCCGUCAGCCUGCUGCUGAGAGACCCCCGCGGGAAGGUGUGCAGCGCCGCCAGCUCCCUGCUCCGCAGCCUGGCAGACCAGCCGCGCCACCGAGAGCGGGCACUGGUGAGCUGCCUGGAACUUCUAGAAGAUGAGAGUUUGGAGACGCGAGUGUGUGGAUGCAAAGCACUUGCAUGCCUGAGGGCCAAAGAGAGCAUCGACCAGCUGGUCUACCUGUGUCGCACUGACAAGGAAGAUGUGAGGGAUGCCGCCAAGCAAGCCCUGCUGGUGCUGGGUGAGGAAGGCAAAAUGGCCCACCGACAUGUGGAGUCGUCGCAGGACGGAGUGGCCCGACUAUUCGCCCCUGGCAGCAUGGCCAGCACAGCGUUCUGAUCCGGCAGGAAGCAGCCACGCCCUUAAAUCUCCACAAACACACACACAACUGAACCAUGUCAACUCAGCUGUGUCUGUCCAAUGUUGCCAAUUCAAAGAGACAGGUGAUGACAGAAAUCACUACACUGUAAAUGUGUGGGUGAAAACAAGCUGACCCACAGCAUGGACUUCACGCUGUAACUGUAUCCUAUUUUCUGACAUGGGGUGGUAAGUGAGGCAGUCAAGAUCAAGAGAGCACGGACACGGACAUUAAUUAUUUACCCACCCACAAGCUGACGAGUAAUCACAAUUAUAAAUCUGUAUAUUAUUCUGUAAUAACAUUUGUUACAUGGGGGAAGGUGUGAUAACGGCAAAGUGUGAUGAAGGAGGGUGAAAUGUUGCGGAAAGCAGAAGAGGAUGGGAGUGUUUUGCUGCCUUAGUAUUUGGCCCGAUGGUGUUGCCUUUUUUCCAGAACAUGGACACGUGAUUUUAGAACAGCAUCCAGACAAAAAGCUGAACUACCAGAUGCAAGAGACGACAGUCUGGACGCCCGCUCGCAGAUUGAGGGUGAAGCAUAUUGGGGGAUAGGGUAGGAGUGUUAAUGUUCACUUUGUCUUUUAUUUGGGGAGGAGUGCACUUUCGAAAUGGUUGACUUUUGAGGUGAGGACAAAAUUACGACUGUGUGGAGUGCUUGGUGUGAGUGUUUGUUGAAGAAUGUUAGUUGGUAAAGCAAGAGGGGUGGUGUGAUUGGUAUCACUCCUUGGGGGUGGGGGGACUGGAGGGAUGGAAACUACACCCCAGACCCCCCCUCCCUCAAACACACCUUAAUAAAAGACCAUUAGGACCUGGAGGGGGGAGGGACCACUAAAGCAUCACAGUGCCAUCAUUCUAUAUUGUCAAAUAUGUAUGCUUUAGAAGAAGAAUCUAUAUGAAUCUAUAUAAAUAUAUAUAUAUAUAUAUGAAUAUAUUCAAUUGGAAGAAUAUGUGUUUUCUAAAUGUGUUGUAAUUUUAGUUGAAAUGUUUAAAUACUCAGACUAUAUGCAGAACUAUCAAGGGUGCCGAAGCCACAGUAACUUACAAUACACUUGUUGAUGACUCAAGCCACUGGCGUUUUACUGAAGAUUAUUUCUGCUGUAAAGGAGAUGAAGCUUAUGUUUUUUGUUUUGUUCUCAAAUCAGAACUAUUAUUUUGUUGUAGAAAUGUGUAAACUGUGGUGGACUUGGCCUUUUACAGAACAGGAACAGACAACCUCUUAUGACCACAUGAUCUCUGGGUCGGCCCCUGCAUGCACACCGAGAACCUCCAACUCGGGGCGUUCUCUGCCAAGAUGACAGGACAGGGAGACGGGCUCUAUGAGAGAGCCUGGAACUUUUUUAUUUGCUAUUUGAUCCGCUACUUUUAUUUCCCCCAUUCUGUCAGACUUUCAAAUGGGCGCUGAAUAGCCUCUUUAAUGAACAAGUGCCUCAAAGUAAGGGGG